CAAGCGCGAGCAGAGGCGUGUUGGUGUUUACACUGAGCCAGCCACGUCCAAAAUUGAGUAUUUUCCUUCUCUUCGCCGCUCUGCCCGCGCCCGUAAACCACCUCACCUCCGUCCCAAAGAGCAGCCAAAACCCGCCAGCAACAUGCCCUCCGCAGUGCUGGACGACGACAGCGCCCGCGCGACUGACUCCGGCCCUCGUGCUCCGUCAAGCACUGCCAGCUCGCCCGCCCUGCUCCCCGCCUUCACGCCUCACAACACGCGUCCGACCCGUCCGGCUGACUCCGCCGCCGCCGCCGUCGACCGCGACGACGCAGACCACGACCCACGCGACCAAGCAGACUCGUCCCGCACGAGCGUAGACAUCCACGACGCUGUCGACAGCUCGCCGCUGAAACCCGCGCCGCCGUCGCCGAACGCGCUGCCGCCGUCGACGGCCCCAACCUCUGAUCCCGUCUCGCCCCAGCCAACGUCGCCCGUCACCUCGGCCGCUACAGCGUCUGCCGCUGCCGCUGCCGUGCUCGACUCGCCGACCCCGUCACCGAAAAAGCGGACCGUGUCGGGCUCAAUCAAAAGUCCCGAGAAACCCUCGAGCGACCGCAUUCAGCAAAUAUCCGAGAACCUUCGCGCGCGUCUCUCGCUCGCGAUGCUCAAAGUCCAGCACGGCUGGACCGACCAGUCUCUCGAAGAGCUCGAGCAGACUGCCGCAAAGAGCCCGCGCCAGCGUGAUCACCCGCGACGGAUGAGCAUACCGCCGCAGACCUCUGCGGAGACUACUACCCCAAGGCCCGCGAGCUGGGCCGGCUUCGCGGACCAUAAGCGGACAAACUCGGCGCCGCCGGCCGCGAACGGGAACCUAGUGUCCCCUCGAGCGCCGGCUGCGAGCUAUUAUCACCAGCAGCAGACAACAGGAUUGCCACCCCACAGCCAGCAGAAUCCGACAUCGGUCUCGCCCAGUUUUUAUGCCCCACCAACACAGUCCUCCCCUGUAUACUACUACCAACAAGCGCACCCGCCGCCUCCUCCGUUUGCAAACUACAACGAACAACAGGUGUACUACGAGCAGCAGCGGCUAUACGACCAACAGGUCUACGAAGAGCAACUCCGGCGAUACGAGCAGCAGCUCCGGCUCGCAAAGUAUCGCGAGCCAGACUUCCUCCACGACACCGACGCCGCGCACGAACGCGAACGACAGAUGCCGUACUACUCCUCCCACCUGAAAAACACGUCGCUGCCCCCGCCACUGCCACCCCAGCAGCGCUACUACGUACCCCCCGUCCCACCACCAGGCUACCGUCCCGCGUCCUUCGCGUCGCCCCAGCCGCAGUCGCCCGAGCACCACCGGCGAGGCUCGGUCUCGCGCGGCCGAAAGUCUCAGUCGUCGCUGUCGCCCGAGAUCGCGCACUCGCGCCUGUCGCCGAUCCAGACCUCCACCGGCGUCCCUGUCAGACCAGACGGCUUGCCGGUCCUGGGAACGUUCAGCAACAAGGUACCGCCAGGCAUCGCCCGCAACAGCACGAGCCCGUCUCCGCGCAAGGCGAAACCGAACAAGACGACCCGUGCUCGGCCGCAUAGUGGACACUCCACCUUCCCUCCCCUGACAUCCAAGCAAACCGCCGACGCCGCCGCCGCGAUCACAGCCGCCGCCGCCGCCGCGGCCGAAGAGUUGAAGAAGGAGGAACUGAGCGGCCGGCGACGGGGAAGCGAUAGCAGUAGUAGCAGCAACACGGACGAGGCCUCGCGGCAAAAGAGCGAGGUCGACGCGAUCGAGAGCUUGAUGUUUUUGUCUAGUCCGACUGCUCGAUCCGGACGGACGUGGAAGGAGCCGAGGGAGGUCGUGACGAAUAGCAGACGGUGACCGGAGGGCGGGCAGUGGAGGUUGCUGGAGGCCUUGUAUAUUUAUUUACUCACAUUAUGUGAAUUUUUGUUUUUUCCGUACUUUCCUUUUUUUGCUCUUUUCUUUUGUUUGCCAUUCUUGGAGUUUUGCGGUGUUUUACUUGCUGUCAUAGCUUUACCUGGAAGUAAUAUCUAAUAGCUCGCGUCAACAGUCCUUUUGAAGUUACCAAAACAAUAAAACUGCUCAUUCUUUUACU